GUUUAUCGAGUGGAAUCCGGACAUUUUGACCGAUAUUCUGGAAAAAAGGUUGAAGUCGCUCAAGCUAAGGAGCUGCGAUUGAAAAAUGCUACAGAAUCGGCAUAUCCGCAUGAACAGACACAGCAAGCCGCUACCAUCAGCCCGGAAGGUUCGGACGGAACUGCACACCACCGGUCGAGUCGAAGAUAAGGUCACGUUCAAUGUGGCUGCCGUCCACAUGAUGGAGUUCAUUCAUAGAGAUAUCAGUGUUAUGGAUGGACCAUGCGACAAAGACCCGAGAUGUAUCCCCAUACAUGUGCCGCACCACGACCCCUAUCUCAAAGUGACUGAUAUUCACUGCCUCAACUUCUCUCGAGCGGAAACUUUCCAAGACGCCGGCUGUACACCCGAAAUAAUACUUCCUGAACAGAUAAACUUCCAAACUCCAGUGAUAGACCUUUCAACAAUAUAUGGAGUAGAUGCAUAUGGACUGUCUAAAGUAAGAACAUAUCACCACGGCCUUUUGAUACUCGAGAACAGAAGUAACCGCUACGUACCAGCAAACAUAACAUACAACAAAACUUACGUAUCAGCUGAAAUGUUACAAGAUAUGAAAAACAAUAUCAUUUCAAAUAUAAAAGACGAUAUGAUGAUUAAACUAACAAUGACGAUGAUAAAUAAAAAUUAUACUGUAGCUAAUAUGACGACCGAUUUGUUGGCCAACUUGUCGUCGGACAUGUUGGGCAGUAUGGCUCCUAAUAUGCCUAACAUGAUGCCUGAAAUCAUGCCUGAUAAUUACAAUGAUAAGAUGCUAGAUUUGAUGCCAAACAUAAUGUCUAAUUUCACAAAGCAGAUGAACAUGAGUAGUCAGAUGUUGGUCAAUAUGACCGCUGACGUACUUGUGGAUACCAUUGCAAAUAUAUUGGCCAAUUCAAUGGUUGACAUGGUAUCUAAUAUGGUGACGAACCUCAUACCUAAUGCGACAGAGCAAGUAUGUUUACAGAACAAUGAUACUGAAACUCUAUGUUAUAAAUUCGGAUUCCCAGAAGUCGGUAAUUACGACCUUCGAACGACGGCUUUAACGAUAUUCUUUAUGAGAGAACACAAUAGAUUAGCUCGAGCUCUUCACAAAAUAAAUCCCUGUUGGAAAGACGACCGACUGUUCAAAGUAGCACGCCAGAUCAACAUUGCAACGGCCUCUAACAUCUUCAUGUAUGAGUUGCUACCUGCUUUAUUAGGUUUUCGAAACAUGGUGAACUACGGAGUUAUAUCAGAAAACGUGGAACAUCUCACCACGUACGAUGCUGAAGCCGUACCCCUCGUGUACGCCGAGUACGACAUCGCAGUCAGAUACUUCCACACAUUCCUAGACGGACGAGUCAAAACCUAUACAGAAGCCUAUCACUACAAGGACGAGUACUCCUACAGUGAAACUAUGUUCAGAUCUGGUCUUCUAGAGAAAGGAAAUAUUUUCGAAGAACUCAACCGAGAAAAUUACUAUGGAAAACUCCAAAAAGCCCAUGACUUACCAGCUUUGGAUAUACAAAGGGGGAGAGAUAUGGGGGUGCGAGGUUAUAACGACUACAGGCACCUAUGUGGACUGAAACCAGCUAAGAAGUUCAGAGACUUCAUCGAUGUUAUGGAGAUCGAGAAAGUGGAAGCCCUAAAGAGACUAUACGAAAAUGUCGAUGACGUGGACCUCUUGGCUGGUAUCAUGUCAGAGAACCAUCUCCAAGGCGUCCACGUGGGCCCCACGCUGUUCUGCAUCAUGACGAAACAGCUGCAAAUCUUUAGAUUCUCUGACAGAUUUUGGUUUGAAAGAGGCGACCAGUUCCACAGCUUUACUUUGGAGCAACUGCAAGAAAUACGGAGGACCAGUAUGGCUCGGCUUGCUUGUGACAAUGCCGAGGGUAUCAAAUACAUUCAGGCUAAUGCUUUCAUGAAUGUCAAACCUGGAAACAUGCCAGUCCCAUGCACACACAUAGAGGGUCCUGACCUAAACCUAUGGCGAGAUGGAAACUGCCACAAGCAUACAAAAUAUAUGCACGAGGAUACCUACUACCCGUACCGUAAUAAGAACAAAGAUAGUUUUUAUGUAAGCAAUAGGGACACGGAUUCUGACUUCCCAGCCUUCUUUGAUAGCUUCCCGUCUUCCAAGCCUGGAACUCUGGAUAGUAUGUAG